AUGCAACCGCAAGAUUUUGUUAACUGGACAAACAGCAAGUCUGAUGCGUUUAGUGAAGGUACCCUUGCAGCUGCUGCUGGUACUCCUAAUCUUCAUCAGUGGCUCAUGAAUCAAGCCACGUUAAAAUGCAGACAACUACAAGCCGACAAGUCAGCCAAUCAUCUUUGGAGAACCACUACAACCCCUCAAGAUAUCAAUGGUGAUUUUGUUGCCAUGAUCGCUCCUAUUAUUGCUGCUCAGAAAGGAAAGAGUGUUGACAAGAAAGGCGGAAAAGGAAAAACGGCUCCCAAGGCCACUACUACAGAAGACAAAUUGCCUCCCUUUGUCCGACACUUCAAGAAACCAGAAUCUGAGGGAGGUACACCAUAUGUUAUUGGGGAUACCAAAACGCAUAACAAUGCAACUUGGCAUUUCUGCGGUUGUCCCAAACACCGUAACAACCUCAAAUGGCACACCCAUCCUACUGCUGACUGCAAAACCCGCAAGACCUGGUUGGAAGAAAAAGCUGCAGCUGCUGCUGUAGCCAAUGCAGGUGAUGUUCAAUCCAAAAUUCCAAUUGAGAAAGGCUCUGCUGCCAGCAACGCCACUUCCGAUGUAAUUGCGCUUCUUGCUAAUGCACUCUCGAUGAUCGGUAAUGAUGACGCACUUCAUGAUCUCAUUUCUGAGGCACUCUCUGCCUUGCAUCAGACUUGA